AUGCUUUAUACCCAAAGGGGCACCCUUGAGUCCAACACCAAUGUGCGCACCAGCCUCCACAGGCUACGUCAUCACAAGUGGUCCCCGGGGGAGGCCAUCCACUACUGCUUGCUAGCUUCUGUGUUGCUCCUGGUGUGGACGAUGUACCCCGCACCCACCCCCUGGAAGCUCCUCGUGCUCGCCGUUUUCACCUUGCUAUUGCUUGUCCCCCUCACUAGCCAGUUCUUCCUCCCGGCGCUCCCUGUGUUCGCCUGGUUGGCGCUCUACUUUGCCUGUGCCAAGGUCCCCCCGCUGUGGAAGUUGCCCAUCACCGUCAAGGUGCUCCCCGCGAUGGAAACGGUGCUCUACGGCGACGACUUGUCCAACGUCUUGGCCGCGGCCACCACCACCGCCUUGGACAUCCUCGCGUGGGGGCCGUACGGGCUCUUCCACUUUGGCGCGCCGUUUGUCGUUGCCGCCGCGGUGUUUGUGUGGGCGCCGCCGACGUCCCUCCAGGCAUACGGCUUUGCCUUUGGCUACAUGAACCUCGCGGGUGUCAUCCUCCAGAUGUUGUUCCCCGCGGCGCCGCCAUGGUACAAGAACCUAUACGGGCUACAGCCGGCACGCUACUCCAUGCGCGGGUCGCCAGGCGGGCUCGGCAGGAUCGACGCCAUGCUCGGGGUGGACCUCUACACCACCGGGUUCAGCACCUCGCCCGUCAUCUUCGGCGCGUUUCCCUCGUUGCACUCCGGCUGCUGCAUCAUGGAGGUGCUAUUUCUAACGUAUGUGUUCCCGCGCGGCAAGUACGUAUGGUUCGGCUACGCCGCGUGGUUGUGGUGGAGCACGAUGUACCUCACGCACCACUACUUUGUCGACUUGGUCGGCGGCGCCGUGUUGUCGUUGCUCGUGUUUGUCUUUGUCAAGUACAAGUACUUGCCCAAGGUGACGGGCAGAAACAGGUGGUCGUAUGCAUCGUUGGAGUAUAACACUUUGGAGGGUAUAGAGGAGCAAUAA